AUGAAGAAAAAGAAGAAGAAGGAAAAAGAUAAAGAUAAGAAUAAGGAAAACAAGGAGACCACCAAGGAUUGCACUCGCGACGUCACUGUCAAAGCGGAUGUAAAGGUGAGUGGCUUGAGGAUACGUAAUGUUGCGUUGUUUGGGAUUAAAUUUGUAUCUUUUAGCCAGAGAAAUCUCCGGAUGGAUCUGAGAAAAAGGAGAAGGAAAAGGAAGAAUUUGGAAUUGAAGGUCAAAACAUGUGCAGGGUAUUUGUCAAGAAUGUAGGUGACUGAUGUAAUAGACGUUUGUUGCAGUACUCUGCCAUUGGAUUGCAUGGACUGAGGAAACAAUUCGUUGAUAUGAAAACGGUUGGUCCCCCAGAUCCGAGAAGAUCAGCCUUCGAAGCGAAUGCUGAUAAAUGCAGAUACAAAGGUAAUUUGGGACAAGCAUAACUUGACAUAGGAACUUUAGACAUUCCUUGCUGGGAUCGGAGUCGAGUUAUACUGAAAUGGCCUGAGGGAGCGAGUGAUUUCAUCCAUGCCAAUCGGAUUAAACACGAUUUCUUAAACGUGGACAUCAUCUGCACUCAAGGUCCGCUCGAGAAUACAAUCGGAGAUUUUUGGAGAAUGGUUUGGCAGGAGAAAGUACGUGACUAAGUGACUAAUUAACGUCGUCGUCAGGUAAAAAGUAUUCUGAUGUUGUGUCAAGUGGUAGAACAAGGCAAAACGAAAUGCACGCAAUAUUAUCCUGCUGAAGUUGGCCAAGAGAUGAGUCACUUUGGUUUGACAAUCACCUGCCGAGAAAUUGAUAACAAUGACAAAAACUUCGUGGUCACUAAACUUCAUGUUGUGGGACGUAAGUAAAAGUAUUGAUGAUUAAUUUUUUGUACUGUUUUAGCUGGAGGAACCGAAAAACUUUCGGUUAGACAUCGAAAUUGGGUGACUUGGCCAGACAAGGACGUCCCGAAAAGUCCCAUGGCCCCAUUCCGUCUAUUGCAACAUAUCAGAAGAGAGAAACACCCGGUUAUCAUCCAUUGCAGUGCGGGGGUUGGAAGAACGGGAACCCUCGUGGCCUUGGAACUGCUCUACAGAUCACUCCAAAAUGGUGUCUUGCCUGACGUCAGAUCCCUCGUUCUCGAGCUACGAUGGCAAAGAAGUCAUUCUGUCCAGACGGAAGAUCAAUUCUUGUAUUUGUUCUUUUCACUCUUCCAAUUGUGCGCCGCAAAACAUUGGGUUCCCAUCGAGGAUAUCAGAGGUCGGUUAAGAUUAUGUCAUAGAGAAAAAUUAAUUUUUACAGACUUCUGUGUAGACUAUGAUAAGUAUCUGGAGCUCCUCCGAGUCCACAAUUGCAAGAAUCUCCCUAUGGAAUUGACCGAGAACCUCAGGAAUGUGACCCUUGGAGCCUUGACUCCGCCAGCUUCAGCUCCCAGUGCAAAUAAAGCUGAGCCUUCCCCGAAUCAAAAUGAACCUAGUGGAACCCCUGCGGCAAGAAUCAAAGAAGUCCGGUCGGAGAUGUACCCAGUCGAUCAGACGGCUACGGCAAAUCCGACAAAACCAACGUAA